AUGUUGUCCAAGUUUUUUGUGGCCGCAGCUGUUAGCUCUCAGGCCUCACGCCUCCAGUCACUCCUGGAGUUUUCUCUCCAUGUGUGUCAGUGGCGUAGUGCCUUGUUUCCACUCCGCUCCCGUCGGGAUGAGGGCGUCGAUGAUGACCUGUCGGAUCUCUGUGUUGAGAUUGAUCAGCAGUGUCUUCUUGUUCACGUCGUACCACCGAUCGAUCUUGCAGAAUUUGGCGACAAGGCCGCAAUUCUUGACCGUUUCCCAACGUUGGCACAUCUCGCGCAGCUCUUGGAGCUUCUUGGUGAUUGCGCCCCCGCCGCCCCCUUCCUCAUGGUGAACGCCACGAGCAAUCCUCCGAAGACUCAGGAGCGGGGAGGCCCGUGUGUACGUCCCUUCCCUGCGGCCGUGACGGCCUCGAUGUACUUCACACCCUGUACGCUCAUCUGCGUGACCUCGUUGCUGUUGCCGUCGAGGAUUGGGCAAUCGAAGAUCACUCUUUCCACGUUCCUCUUCGACUGCCCGAGCUGGAGAAGGAACCUGAGUAUCAGUACCUGCAGUGCUGCCUGCCGGGCGCCUUUAUAG